UCGAAAUGCUUUGUUUACAUUUCACCAGCGCCAUUAUAAUUGUCGCUUUGACAUUUUCCGCCACCUUUUGCUUGACGAAUAAUCGAGUUGAGAACGCCACCGUUGGACCUUUCGCGGAAAAUCCACUUGGCCGUUCAGCUUACACACCUCCUUUGCCCCGAAACUGUGCCGAGGCACUAUCAGCCAUUGGUAGCAAAGCGGAGAGUGGCAUAUAUCAGAUAUACUUGGCCGAGUGGUUCAACCAUCCCUUUUACGUGUAUUGCUUGAAAGAUCCAAACGGUGGCGAUGCAUGGACGUUGAUACAGCGACGCCAGGAUGCAUUGGUGAAUUUUUAUCGCACUUGGCAUGACUACCAAACUGGCUUUGGUAAUUUGGAUGGCAAUUUCUUUAUUGGCUUAAAUAAGUUGCAUGCCUUGACACAAGUGGAGUUGCAGGAAUUGCGGAUUGAAAUGAAGGACUACGCGGGAACUCAGAUAUAUGCGAAAUACGAAAGUUUUGCUGUGGGCAACGAGGAGGAGAAGUAUGCAUUGAAUAUUUUAGGAAAAUAUUCCGGCACAGCUGGCGAGGCAUUACGUGGCUACCACGAUGGCCAAAAGUUUAGUACUUUUGAUCAGGAUAACGAUGAGGCUAAGGAGAAUUGCGCUGAGAUCUGGCAUGGUGCUUGGUGGUACAAGGAUUGCUGGUGGAGCAAUUUGAAUGGCUCCUACAAUAACACUUUAUUGUGGAACGGACGUUAUCCAAAUGGUAUGAAGUAUACACACAUGGCUAUAAGACCAAAGAAACGGUAGACAAGAAUUAAAUUAAUUAAAAUUAAAUGGAGAUGUAAUAAAUCUUUAUGGCGUGGGUAAAUAAAUACAUACAAGUAGA